AUGUCGACUAUUAGAAACCGACUAGCCUUGCUCAAGAUGAUCCUGGCGCGACUUCCGCUUGCCCUGAAAACGAUAGUCUGCCAUGGCCUACGUCUUUCGCCGGUGUCAAAAAAGCAAGACCUACGCACGGAAUUGCUGGUGGCUAUUAUUCGCACUUUCAUGGACGAAUCCUUGUCAGUCAGUGAGCAACAGCGCAGGUCCAUGAGAGAUCCAGGCAUCAAGGGACCCAUGUGGAUAUCUAAAGUUACAAUAUCAGCACCAGGAGAUGCAGUUCGUGCUGCGGUUCUUCAAGCUGUCGAUACAUUGUCGGAAAGUGGAAUAUCACAGGCAUUCGAAGUGCCAGCUGUUAUUCCCGUGGAGGCAGAAUGGACAGGAUAUCGUGGGGGAGUGGACAAGAAUGCUCCGCAACCAGAUAUCUCAGAGAAGGAGAAAUAUGAAGCAUUGGAAGCUGAGGCAAAAUCAGAUAUGGUCAUUCUAUACAUUCAUGGUGGAGCUUUAUGCCUCAUGGAUCCUUGCACGCAUAGGGUACCCGUGGCACAUAUUUGUAAACUAACAGGAGCCCGAGUUUUGUCCGUUCGAUAUCGCUUAGCUCCUCAAAACCCAUUUCCAGCAGCUCUGGUUGACAUCCUUACCGCUUAUUUGGCACUCAUUCACCCUCCACCUGGUUCAUUUCAUGAACCAAUCCCUGCCGAUAAAAUUAUAAUAUCUGGAGAUUCCGCAGGGGGGAACCUUAGUCUGGCACUGUUGCAGACUCUUCUUACUCUAAAGAGGGGUUUGUCAACAGUACGAUUCCAUAAUAAAGUUGUCUCUAUCGAACUACCAGCAGGUGUGGCACUGCAUUCACCAUGGUGUGAUAUCACGCGGUCCAUGCCGUCGAUUUUUGAGAAUGCGAAAUACGACUAUAUCCCUCCGCCGUACGAACCGGUAAAAGCAAUGUACCACCCUAUACCAAGUCUCCCUGAUGAAUUCUGGCCGCAGAAUCCUCCUCGCAGCGACUAUUAUUGCAACUCCAAUUUAGUAAUACACCCACUGGUAACACCUCUCGCUUGCUCCACAGACCUCUGGAAAGGGGCACCUCCAGUAUAUGUCACCAUCGGCGAGGAAAGUCUUGCAGAUGAGGGUUUACUAACAGCGCGCAAAAUUCAUCAAGCUGGCGUUCCUGUUGUAAUUGAGCAAUAUGAAGGAAUGCCUCACUGUUUCGGUCUUAUCAUGAUGGAUUCCGUUCCUGCGAAGGCCUUCAUUCAAGGCUGGUCUCAAUUCUGCCGGGACGCCGUGGCUAGGUCUAUACAUCCAUUGAGCAGCGGAGUUGGAAAUUUGAUCUUUCAUAACGCUGGAUGGCGAUCGACGAAAUUACUACCGUUGGACAAAGUCCAUGGAUUAAUUAAGAGCAUACAUACGAGCUACUUUUUCGCAAACUCGGAAGCUAUCGGUUAUGUCUUACCAUUCAAGUGUCGCACACGUAGGACAUACCAACAUAUCGAAGCUGAGAACGACAAGAUGUCCUCAAAGCGCAGGAUACCUCCCAAACGCUCUCGCAAGGACAAAGUCAUUGAUCGCGAUAAGCGUGUCAAGAUCACCAAUGACAUGAUCUUUCGUCCUGUGAAAGAACCCCGGUACAUGCCACCUUACUUUGCUCAUGAACCUUUGAACCCGAGUUUGUAUGCCGGAGAGAUGGCAAUGUCGAUUUUGCCCGUACCAAACACGAUCUCUUUUCCCUACAAUAUCGAAGCGUAUCAACCGAUUGAAGAUGAGGGAGAUUCAGACGGAGAAAUUGAAAGAAACGUCGAUUUGUGCUUUCCAACAUCGACGAAGGCGACCUCUAACCCAGUGCAAAAUCCAUCCCCAAAAGACCAUCGCAUCGUUGUAGGUGGUCGGCCUGUUGAAGGCAAAGGCAGGAAACUUUGUGCUAUUGAGGAUAUGGAUGAAGACGACAAGUUGUUGUAUUUUCUCAAACUAGCCAAAUGGACCGAGCGUGAGAUCCAUAGCAAGUUUGCGUCUGAGGGGCGAAUAAAUUACAACAUCAAGACAAUUGGCACGCGGUUUUCUCGUAUGCGUCAUUUCAUCAUGGCAGAAAACGACAGACGUUUGGAAGAAGGCAAUGCUGCCUGGCUCGAGGCUGAGGAGAAAGUGUUGCCUCGCGCAGUUGCUUUUGCAGCUGAGCAGAUUGAGAAGGAGCGUUUGGCUCUCGAGCAGCGCAAAUGGGAGUUGGUCUCUGAAUAUAUCCAAAAACGCGAGCCUCUGGCCAUGUACUCUGGCGAAGCUUGUCGUCAACAAUACGAAGCGGUAGGCAAGAAAAAAGGCUCUGGUUCUUGUAAGGACCAGAAGAUCCCGGCUUGGAAGAUGGCAAAAUUGGCCUCUGAUCGUCAGCAGCAAGUGUCAUUACUUGAGCAUUUCAAACGUGCUGUGCGUCCUGAGGUGUAG